UGACUUCACAAUUACUCAAAUAUAAGGAGAUUUUAAGAAGUUAACAAAAUUGAUGUUUAGAAGCACAAUAGUAAUGCACAGGGUGAUUGUAAGAAGAAGGUGUCUUGUUUACUGUUUAAUACGUAAUACAUUUGAUGCAUUAUGUCAUUGAUUGAAGUUUAUGGGGCAAUGUGACAUCUAUAUAUAAAGUUGUUGUACAAUGAAAAAGUAAGGUUUUCCUUCGUCAUUGUUUUACACGUUUUCUUUUCUCUUUUCAGCUUUUCUCCUUCCUCUGUGUGUAUCAUCCAUCACAAUUCUUGGUGUUGUUAUUUUCUGCUGCGCUGUAUGAUGGAAAAGCAGUCACUUUGUGAUGACAACAUGGAGGAAGCAGAGUAUAUAUUGCUUGAUCUGGAUGACCUUCCCUGCGAAAUUUACAUUCCCCCAAAUGCACCAUAUGUUCUCUCGGGUCUUGACACAUUAAACCCCAUCUUGACCAUCGAUGGUAAAAUCAAGCUGAUUGGACAGUAUGAUGAGACUAUUGGGACAUGCCUUGUUUUUGAUGAAAGUGAUACACCUCCAGUGGUCCAUGAAGAGACGGGGCAUUCUGAAGCUAACCUUUUCCCAGGAAGGCCCACGUUAGAUCCUAAGCAAACCAAGUCCAAACAAGUCAAGCCUGUAACACAGCUUCAAAAGAUACUUAAAUUCAGGUUGUUGCAGAAUAGUGAAACUGAAGAUGCAAGAGAGAAGACAAAAGAAGAUUAGGUAACCGAGUGUUUUAGUAACUUAGAUGCUACUACUCGAGAAUGUACAGUGGAGUCGAAACAGAGCUAUUACAACGUAGCAAUGGUGUAGCAUGGAUAAUACUAGCAUUUUUCUUUACAAGUACUAGUAUAUGUUAACGAUAUAGUUGGUUGAGAACUCAGAUAUUGCACAUUGAG